AUGUCGAUACCUUAUUUUCAAGACAUAACUGAAUGUCGUUUAUCGGAUGCUUAUGAUCAUGAAGCUCCUUUAGAUCUUGAUUUAGUACGUUUUAAUGCGCAUCGAUUAGCAAAUCAACAGUUACUAUUAACAAAAAGAAGUUCUAUAAAUAAUUGGGAUAAAUCUGAUAUAGAUUAUUCUUAUUGUUUAUCAAUAAAAAAUGAUUUAUUUCGUGAAAUAGCUUUAAUGAAAUUAAUAAUUAAUGAAAAUAAAUCAUUAUUGAAAACUAUAUCUCGUCCUUUAAAAUUAAAAAUAAGUCUUGCACAAAAAUAUUUUCUAUAUUUAAAUUCAAAUGAAAUUUGGUCACUAAUGUGUAAAAACACUAAUUGUAAUAACACAUUUUAUCAAUGUCUAGAUCAAUCUAAUGAAACAAUUUUCGGAUUUCAACCAUUGGAUGGAGAAUGUUAUACAAAAUUUAAAAUUUUAUUAUGGCCAUGUAUUAUGGAUUAUUAUCAAGUUGAUAUUCAUACAUUACCAUCUAUAUCUCAUUAUAAUAAUAAUAUAGAAGAUUUAAAUAAGUUUUCAAUAAAUUUUUCACAUUCAUCUGUUCAAUUAUUUUCUAUUGCAGCUAUUCGAAAUCUAAAUAAUUAUUCAUUUCAAUUAUUAUCUUAUAAUAAUCAACUUGAAUUAUUAAUAAAUAAACUUGUAGAAAAUAUUAUUAUACAAUAUCAAGGUCAAUAUAUAAAGGCAGAACAAUUUACUAAAAAACAUUUGCAAAUAUUAGCAAAUUCCAUGAUCGACAAUAAUCAUACAAUAACUAAUAAUCAAUAUCCACAUGGUUUAUACAUAUCAUCUGACGAAUCCUUAUUCAUUUGGUUAAUGGGUACUGAUCAUUUUCGAAUUAUUUCAUCCUCAACAACAUUAAAUGUAUCGAAUGUUUGUAAAAAAUUAAACACUUAUUUAAUGUUUAUUGAUAAUUAUCUUAAUCAAGAAAAAUAUUCAUUUGCUUUUCAUUCUAAAUUUGCUUAUUUAACAUCGAAUAUUCGAGAACUUUCUGGUUUUUUAAUUAUCAUUCAUUGUAGAAUAUUCAAUGGAUAUUAUCAAAAAUUAUUAGAAAAUCAAUUAGAAAAAUUUCAAAAAUAUCUUAUCUAUUCAAUAAACCCUUUUGAAUUAUCAACAAUAAUUAUUAGAAAUCAACAUUUAUUAGGAUUAAAUGAAAAUGAAAAACUUCUUCGAACAAUUUAUGCUUUUCUUAUUGUAUUAAAUAAUAUGAAAGAAAAACUUUCAAAUGUUCAACUGGUUAAAUAA